AAUUUUUACCGCGUUACACCAACUACUGCGCUACUCCGUGGUUCUACGUUCUUCAACUUUUGAUAAUGUUUUUGCGAUAAUGAAUGCCGUAGAACCAUUUUCGGGAUGGCUUUUCAAGUGGACUAACUUGAUAAAAGGCUACAAAAAACGCUGGUUCCUUAUUCAGGAUAAUUUACUGAGUUAUUACAGGUAAAUGAAAUAUGUUUGUCGCAUUUAGUAUUCAAGAGGACCAGAUGCUGUUGGAAGACAUUGUCGUGGAACAUUUAACUUAUCAAAUGCACACAUAUCUGCACCAGACUCUCAAACAUCCUUCAUUUUGGUUGAGAGCUCAGGUAGGAAACACCACUUGAAAGCUUUGUCUGAACAAGAUAAGGAAAAAUGGAUUUCUGCUCUUACUGAUCUCAUUUCAAGAUCCCAGAGCUUUCACACAGGUAGGCGGAACUGAAGGAAAGAUGUGAAGCGAAUUCGGACUCUGCUAUAUCAUGUGUUUUUGCGAAUCUCCAAAUUGCAAAACAAGCAUUCCAUUUUGGCUAAUUAUGAAUAGAAACUGUGUAUAAGAUAAAGUGGUUAGACCUGCGUUGUCGUCUGCAGUAAAAUUUUACGAAACAACAACGUAUUUAGCGAAUCGAAAUCCAAUUUUAUGAAAACGUUAUCAUGAUACGUUAACUUACUGUGACUCUUCGAUCAAAAGAAUGCAGAUGGAAUCAUCAGUAGAUCGAAUCUGAUUACUCGGCGUUUAAUACCGUAUCUCGAUCAGAAAGUGGAAAUAGUCGUCUGCGAAAUUCGUUCCGAUUUAACUUAAAAGGUCGAUCAAAGUUCGAUCUCAAGACUACUAGUUCGCCAGCUCUCCCUCAACCAAACGGCAUUCAUUCAGUAUCACAAAACAGCUGUCAGUGUCCCAGUCAAUCUUGUUCAAAUGACCAUUUGGGUAAUCCUAAUUGCUGUGUUGAAAAGUUGCGAAGAAUAAAAGUCAAGCGCACCUUAUCGAGGUCUGGUUGCAGAUCUCCUGUAGAUGUUCAACCACAACUUUCAUUUUCCCGUCCAAUCUCUGGGCCAGAUAGUAAUUCCAGUGAACAUAAUCUUAAAAUCGAUGCAGGGAGACACUUGUCGCGUCAAAAUACUCUUUCAGAAGAGGACAGUAGCCGCUUAGAAGUUAUGGAAUCUCUAAAAAAACGCCUACAGGAUCAUAUCAAUAACAUAUACUCCCAGGUUAAUAAUAUUGAAUCCAUGCUUUCAUCAGUUUCUACUGAUUUAUCCAGUCUGCUGCAUCAGUCGAAUUCUGUUUCGUUCAAUUCCGAUGAUCGCUUUACUACCUCAAACUUAGAAAGACGAACUACGUCUCUUAAACUGGCCUUACUAGAGCAUCGUAACGAUGCGAAAGAAUUUUAUGAGACGUGUACUGAAGCUUUGCAAUUUUUGAAUGGAACUUAUGCUAGAUUUAAUCGUCAACUUGCUUUCGAACGAGAUCGUUGUAUAACAUUAGAGCGAACUGUUGAACAGUUGGCAAAAGAACUACGUAAUUUAGAAAUUCAAUUGAGUGCUCAUAUUCCUAUAGUUGUAGAAGGCAAGGAUAUAAAUGGAGUUAAAAAUGGACGUGCAGAAAGUGAACAAUAUGUUCAUUCAAUAGAUAAGAUAUUUGAUGAGGAAGGCGAUGAAUUCUAUGAUGCAGUGUCUACUUUUGAUGCAGAACAACACGAUUCCCCAGUAUUUCUAGCUGACAAUCAUCGUAGUCAGUGUACUCCAGGUAAUCUCACAACUGCAUCAUAUAACUUAUCUCUACCAAACAGUGAAGUAUUUCAAGCUUCUUCAACCAGUUUAAAUAGUCUAGUGAAUGUUGUAGAAGAAUCAUCAGUCUCUGGUAGUGAUUCAGACCUACCAAAUGGGUUCAUGCAUAGACCUGUUCGAAUAAGUAAUGAUAGUGGCACUGGCGAAUCUGCACAGUCUGAUGGUUAUCUUAACGCAUGUAAUAGAAGUAUUUCAGUUAACCAGCGUAAUAAUACAUUGAAACGUGUAAAUAACGAUAGGUAUAUUCGUAAACGUCGAACUACAAUUCCCGUUUCUCCAAAAAUUGCCUUAAAUUUAUGGGGUAUCAUUAAGAAUGCUAUUGGUAAAGAUUUGGCGAAAAUCCCUGUUCCUGUAAAUUUCAAUGAACCUCUUUCAUUCCUUCAACGGGCAGUUGAAGACUUCACCUAUUCUUAUUUAUUAGAUCAUGCUUCUCAAACAUCAGAUCCUGUUGAACAAAUGGCUUAUGUUACAGCCUUUUCAGUUAGUUGUUAUAGUUCAACAUCUUAUCGCACCGGAAAACCUUUUAAUUCAUUACUCGGUGAAACCUAUGAAUGCGAUCGUACUGAUGAUAUGGGAUGGCGUUGUAUUGUAGAACAGGUUAGUCAUCAUCCUCCUGGUUGCAGUCAACAUUGUGAAUCUCUUAGGCAUAAAUGGAAAGUUUGGCAGGAUUACUUUUUAUCAACAAAAUUCCGUGGCAAAUAUUUAUCUAUUACUCCUAAAGGUACAAUUAAUCUUCAAUUCGCUGAUGGUUCACAUUAUACAUGGACUAAAGUUACAACAGUUGUGCAUAACUUAAUUGUUGGUACAAUAUGGAUUGAUAAUUAUGGUGAUGUUAUCAUACAGAAUCAUAAAAAUGGUUAUACAUGCAAUUUACAAUUUAUAGCUCAUUCUUUUUUCAACAGAGGACAGUCAAAACGAGUUACAGGUUUUGUCAAAAAUUCAUCCAGUACACCAGUUGCAAUAAUUCAAGGAACAUGGGAUGAAUAUAUCGAAUAUCAGUUUGUAUCUACUGAUAAAGUUCCGAUUGGUGAACCAAAAGUAAUAUGGAGAAGUGAUCCAUUACCUGCGAAUGCAUCAGAUAUGUACUACUUUUCACAAUUUGCCAUUGAAUUAAAUGAAAUGGAAGAAGGUGUUGCGCCGACUGAUUCGAGGCAUAGACCUGACCAACGCCUUAUGGAACAAGGUUUCUGGGAUCAAGCAAAUGAUGAAAAACGACGCCUUGAAGUAAAACAGAGAAAUAAACGUCAUGCUUGGGAGAAGGCGGUUAGAGAAGGUCAAACAAAUGAACCAUUAUUCACACCAGUUUGGUUUGAAGCAAAACAAGAUGUCAAUGGUAAUGUAUAUCAUGCAUAUCUAGAGAAUUAUUGGCAGGCUAAAGAACGACAAGAUUGGUCAAAAUGUCCUGAUAUAUACUGAAGUGUUUUGAAUGUUGUUUCAACUCCAUCUCUUGCCUUUUAAUGACUACAACUUUACCUGAUAAAACCAUAUUAUUUGGUUGCCUGUUUUUCUUCUUUCUAUGCCUUUCCUCAAUAGCAAUGUUAAUGUGAAGAUAGGAUGCUUUUCUUUCGUGAUCUUUUUCCUUUGAAUAUUUUUGUUGGCUAAGCAAUUUCAUUGUAUUUCUCGCGUUUUUAUGUUUCUUUGUGUCGGUGUAUUGAUAGUUGUUUCGUUAGAAAAAUUGUUAUUCACGAGAUGUCUUCUCUUCCCCCUCACCUUUCUGAUAUUCAUCACCUUCUGUAUUGUCUGUUCUAUUGUUGCUUCAUUUCAUUUUGUUCUCUAAUCCGUUCGUUUGUGAAAAUGAUAUUUCUCAAAGGGCUUUCAUUUAUUAUUCAACCUUUCUUCCUAUUCUCUAUUGCCUUUCUAUCGUUUUAGUCUUUUUCAAGAAAACUAAUAAGUGGUAUUAGUAGUAGUAAUUUUGUGCAUUACUACCAACAGCUGCAUGUUUAUAUGCACAAAUAAAAAGAUUCUCUUUUAUCAAAUAGAUACUACUAUCACAUCUACUACUACUACUACUACUACUUAUUAGUAGUAGCAUAGUAAUAUUAGUAGCAGUGUUCCUAGCUUAUAGAAUACAGGUAAUCACUGAAAUACAGUCAUCUAACCAGGUCGACAAGAUGUUGUUGAUCCUGAAACCGUGUGAACGAAUCAUUGUUCUAGUAAAGACCAUCACUUUUUAUUUUCUCACCAUGACCGCCUUUAUUCCAAGACUAGUAGUAUGAUAACUUAUUUUUUGCUACUAUCAGUUAAGAGAGUUAAAUAAGCAGAAGAAUAAAUUGGUAACUACUCUCUCUUUUUACUUUUCUUUGAUUUAUCUUCACCUUAUGCGUGUUUGUGUAUAUAUAAACUCAUGUUUGUUUAUGUUUAUGCCAGCAUGUAUGUUCAUAUGUUAGUGAUUUGAGUAGUAGUAUUAGUAGCUGAUUGAUAUGGAAAAAACAUCUUUGAAAUGAUUCCAUUCUUUUAAUCUUUCGUGAAGAAAUAAAAUUUUACAACCAUCAUCUCAAUAUCUCUAGUGAUGAUUAUUACUGUUUCAUUCAGAUGUAUUUUCUUUGUGUAGAAAUAUCAUCUGGUAAAUGACUACUCUGUCGUGUAAAAUCACAUCCCUUCCCUUCCCUCCACUUUAUCUGUAAUAGUUUGUGAAAAGGAAGCAUUUACACAGCUCACUUCUUUCUGACGUGUUUAACAAAAUGAAGAUGGUGAUUCUUCAAUUUUUUAGAUUGUUUUUUUUUGUUUUCUCAAGAUACAUGGUUCUGUGUUUUAAUUGAAUCUUAUGAGUUCACCCGCUGAAACAUGCAUAUAUGUUAUUUUAACUUAAUAAUACAUCUGAGCUUCAUAGUAUGCAUAUAUACGUAUAGAGAUACAUAUACUGUUUCAUAAUACUGGGGUUUAUAUAUUCUUGUAUCUAUUUCUUCAUUAUUUUCUUGGUUCAUAUACUUGUCUUUUGUGACUUUUUAUGCACAUUUGCGCUUUUGUGUGUGUGCGUGUGUGUAUCUGUGAGUGUGCUGUUUUUGUUUCAUUGUAACCUAACUAAUAACCUGAUUUUCAAGACCAAUCUUUCUCUAUUCUUUGUUUAUUCACAUAUUUUUUCAAUCGUGAAUCGAGUUAUUUGAUGAAGAUGA